AUGGAGGAUGGAGCCGGAUAUUUGCAGUCAUCCGGACAGUUGACACCACGGCCAUCACGUCAGGCGGCGGCGGGAGAACAAGAUCGGCCGAGGCGAGACGAGGCAGCGGCAAUAUCUGCGCAGCCCGUGGAACAGAGAAAGAGGAACCGCCUGCCCGACCGAGACCAGCCCCAGGCGAAACGUAGUCGAGGCGGCCAUCGGAGGCAGAGGAGCCCGGCGCAGCUUCAUAGACGUCUCGGUUGUGAGCACACGUUCCCGGAUGAGCUCAAGGGCCUGACGCCGGUGGAGGAGAAGCUGAUCGCGCUGAACUCGUGCUACGGAUUCCACGUCAAGGGCCACAUCACGGUGUUCCCAAACAACGUACAAGAGCUGGCGACGGACGUGCUGCCGCACCCUCUCUUCCAGGUAAUGGACGAGAUCCACGUCUCGUGGCAGGGGGCGCUAAGGCCGACACCGAGCGAUCUGUCGAGUCUCCUAUCGGUGAGGCGGCGAGUCGUCGAGAGAGCCCUUGUCUGGUUGAAGAGGAACAACCCCACUACGCCGCGAUCGAGAUCGACGCGGCAGAGAUGGAGAGCUGGGGACCCGGCCCACGGGGUGCCGCCGUUGGUGUACGAGCGCCUGGAGCGGAACGAGCCGUCGGCGUGGGAGAAGACGCGGACGGCGCACGUCGUGCCGCCCACGGAGCGGGCCAUGGACGACGAGGGGGCGGUGGAGAUCGAAGAAGUCCUCGCCAUGCUCAACCAAGGGGAAAGCACGACGAGUCGCGAGGCCGGCGAGCCAGAGGCAAGCGAGGUGGACGAGGUGCGUGGUCAGAGCUGCGGCGAGGCCGAUGAUAAUGCGAAGACGGUCAACGAGGUGACCUCGUCAGGAUGUUUGCGUUGGACGGACCGCCCGACGUGGCCGACGUCGACAAGCUGCGGUUCGCAUGCGAUUCCGUUCGCCAAGGCGCAGCCGACGACGAGGCUCGGUCAACACGCGCGCGGCGGCGGAGGCGGGGCGCAGGACCUCCUGUCAUCCCGGAACAUGAGCCUUCGUACGUGGGCCGACACGGUGUUGCGACGCCACGGCGGCCGGUUCGCGACGCACCACAUCUUCGCAUUCCUCGUCUUCAACAUGGGCGUGCGGUCGAGGAACCGCCGCGUCAGCAUGCUGAGCGUGACGAGGAAGAACUUCCGCAAGGUGGAGCGCAUCGUACGGUCGCUGACCGCAGACGGGUUAGCGGCAGCUAGAGCCGAGCUGGAGAGCACAGGCAAGACGACCGACGACGGCGUGAAAGAGCUUCUCAGGAGCCUCUCGCUCUAUGGCUAUCGUCAGCCCAUGUCGAGAGAGCUCCGUCUCAGUAUGCGGCACAAGAUCCUGGCGCUCAUCGUCCGCUACGGCGUGCCUGCGAUCUGGUUCACGAUCAACCCAAACGACAUCACGAACCCGGUGAAGCUCCGACUGGCAGCGUACCGCACGCGCGACCCUGAGGCGGCCGAGGAGUUCCUGCGGAGCCUCGAUAUGUCGUUCAAACGGGUGAGGCUGUCCGUCUCCGACCCGAUGAGCUCAGCCAUGUUCUUCCACCGGGAGAUGACGCUGUUCUUCGAGCAUUACGUAAAUGCAGGGGAGUCGGUGUUCGGGCGCAUCGGCCACUACUACGGUGCCGUGGAGACCAACGAACGAGGAUCCCUUCACGUCCACGGGCUGCUCUGGUUACACGGAAACGCGCACCUGAGCUCCAUGCUUUCCGACGCCCACGGGGAGGAGCAGGCGGCGUACCGUGAGCGAAUCAUCCGCUAUGUCGAUAGCGUCUUCUGUGGUAGGCAGGACUUGGACCAGGAAGGCUUCUGCGCCGUGCAGGCGGAGCGUUCGGUGACGUCUGACGUCUCAUCCCUGCUGGACAGUGCCGAGCAGUUCUCGGCCGGAUUCGAAGAGGAAGCCAACUUCUGCGCCGGCGCGACGCAGAUCCACACCCACAGCCCGACAUGCGUCAAGUACUCCCUGGGCAACAAGGGGCGAAGGGGCGACCUCUGUCGCUUCAAGGCGCCAUGGAAGCUGGUCGAGGAGACGACGCUCUCACAGGACGGCGUGCUGCGGAUCCGCAGGACGCAUCCCAUGCGGAAGACCAUGGCUCUCGUCUAUUACGUGACGAAUUACGCGACCAAGGUAGAGGACCCGACGUGGAAGCGCGUCGCCGCGGCCGCGGAACUGCUGCCCGUCGUCGCAGCAGGUGGCCAGCCGGGUGCCAGGAGGAUGCCGGAAAUGGCGUCGAUAUUCACGGAGCGCGCCCUGUCGCAAGUCGAGGUCGUCGCCCAUCUCCUGGGAUACCCGAGCGAGUUCACGAGCAGCAGCGCCUGGGCGUACCUGAACGUGUCGGUGCUCUACUGGCACGUCUCCAGGCGCUGGCGACACCUUCGGCAGGAGAGCGGCACCGCGGUCGCAGACGUGUCCGUGGACGAGUCGGUCGCCGUGGAGGAAGCAGGCGAGAGGAUCAGCUUCGCCGAGGCGUACCAUCAUCGCGGACACGUCCUACGAGGCUUGUGCCUAUAUGACUAUGUUUCGCUCGUCAGGCUCCAACGCGUCGGCAAGGACGGGUGCUCCGGUGCCUGGGGAGGAAAGCACGCCGUCGUCUGCCUUGACGGCCACCUUAGCAAGGAUUUCGAGCAAGACGACGAGGAACAAUGCCACCGCCGAGCAGCCGUGCAGCAUCUUGCCCUAUUCGCGCCGUGGGAGACCUUUCUUAGCGAAGAGCGAGGCGACAUCAACGAGAUAUGGAGGCGCGCACGAGAGCGGCUUCCGCCAAGAACCUCGUGCCUCGUCGAUAACGUUCAACUACUCCGGCGGUCCGCCGAGGACGCAAAGCGAGACGCCAAGCAAUGGGCAGCGUCGUCCGGCGACGGGGAUCCGGCCGGCGCACCUGGCGAUUGGGGAGGAUGGGGAGGGGCCGGGCGAGGCGGACCGCGAGGCGGAUCCGCGUACCAGUCCGGCAACGGCGGAAACGCAACGCGGCUGAUCGAGGUCGUUAGAAGCGCGGCCGGCGCGAACCAGAUCACGGCGGGGUCGCGGAGCUUUCGGGAAUGA